CUGGGAAUUAGCAUGAACUUGACACGAUUCCUGGUCCGGCACGAGGUCCAUGGCCCACUGCCGCGACUGCGUAACCCCACUCCCAUAGCGCUGAGGUAUUCAACCCAAAGCGAACGUCAAUCAUCUAGUCUUCGGAAGCUCUUUGACGCAGUUGCGGCAGGAAAGGUAUCUGCGUCAAAAGCCAUGGCCGAGUGGAGUGCAUUGGAGUAUGACGUACUCGAAGAGUAUGCCAAAUUGGAUGGCCAGCGCACUGCGCGAACGGGAUUCCCUGAAGUUGUGUACAGCGAAGGCAAGACACACGACCAAGUGACCAAAAUACUUCUUGCCAUGAAAAGGACCAACGAAAUGGCGCUCGCUACCCGCGUGAGCAAAGAUUUGGCUGCUGCAGUACGAUCGCACGAGGACUUGAAGCAAAUCCACUACUUUCCAACUGCGAACCUGCUGUCGCUGCAAGAUAAACCGUCUCCAACCACAUCCCAGGUGGUAUGUGUGCUCUGUGCUGGUACGUCGGACUUGCCUGUCGCCGAAGAAGCCGCCGUGACACUUGAGUUGGCGGGAGUCAAAGUCCAGCGCAUUUACGACGUCGGCGUAGCAGGAAUCCACAGACUGUUGCGGAACCGCCAAGCCAUUCAGGACGGAGACGCGAUCAUUGUGGUCGCUGGGAUGGAUGGUGCUUUACCUGGUGUUGUGGGGGGGCUAACGAGCAAACCGAUUGUGGCAGUGCCAACAAGUGUCGGGUAUGGUGCUGCCUUUGGGGGACUCGCGCCGCUCUUGACCAUGCUCAACGCUUGUUCCCCCGGCGUUGGUGUCGUCAACAUCGACAAUGGGUUUGGCGCGGCCGUGUUGGCUUAUCGCAUUCUGCAUAGCCAUACAUCGUUGUGAAGAUGUGAGGGGGAAUCUAUGUUGAUGCGGGCGACACAACACUGUGCUCGAUUUCAUUUUGUGGCAUUUGUACAUAUUAUACAACAUUCAACCUCACAAUUCGUUCGGAUGGUCUUCAAUGGCUCGUGACGUCGUAGCUCCUGCGCGCCAAGUCAUGACCUGGUCCAACACUCCACGUGUAAUCCGUUUCAAAUUGCCAUUCGUCAUCGUCCUGUCGACUUUCAUCGGUGCUGGAGCGCCGUGACGACGCUCUUGAGCUAGUUUGACUACAUUUGGUCGUCGGUGCUUUGGCCGUGCCAGCGGUAGGCAUCUUAAUGGGACAUUGUUCGUUAUACGCGAUGAAGUGCAUUCCAAAGUGCUCAUGACAGAACGUGCUUCCGCCACACACGGCGCAUCGAUGCAUCGGGUGUACCUGGUACACAAUGGGGCACUGGAUGUCGCCGACGCAGAUUGUGCUGGUAAAGUCCAUUCGUUGCUCCCAGUUGUCGAAUUCGAGAAUGGCCAUCGUCGCAAGCGGAGCCUGAAGAAGAAGGAUG